UCAAGUUUGCGGAUGACACAACCCUGUUUGGACUGCUCCAGGAUGGGGAGGAAUCUGCCUACAGACAGGAGGUGACACAACUGGCGUCCUGGUGCCAUCGCAAUAACCUGCAGCUCAAUGCUCUAAGACAGUGGAAUUGAUAGUAGACUUUAAGAGAGCUCCCCACUCACCAUCAACAACACCCCAGUCACAUCCGUGGAGCCUUUUAGGUUCCUGGGAACCAUCAUCUCCAAGGACCUUAAAUGGGGGGCCACCAUCGACUCCACAGUCAAAAAGGCACAACAGAGGAUGUACUUCCUGCACAAUCUGCCACAAGCAAUGAUGGUCCAAUCCUAUACGGCCAUCGUAGAGUCUGUCCUCAUCUUCUCCAUCAUGGUUUGGUUUGGCUCAGCCACCAAGCACGACAUCCGGAGGUGCAGUGAAUCAUCCGAUCAAAUGAGAAUUUGAUCAAAUUGGCUGCAACCUUCCCUCCAUUGACAAACUGUACACUGCAAGGGCCAGGAAGCGAGUGGGUAAGAUCAUCUCUGACCCCUCUCACCCGGGCCACAAUCUCUUUGAAUCACUUCCCAUUGGAAGGCAACUGGACUGUCAAAGCUGCCACAGCCAGACAUAAAAACAGCUUUUUUCCAUGAGUAGUAGCUCUACUCAAUAACCAAAAAUCUCUAGCCUCCUUUGUUCUGGUAUUUUAUUUAAUUCACAUUUUUAAUCGAUAAUGUUUUAUUAUUAAUGUUUAAUGUUUUAUGUGUCAUUUCUAACUGUCACUGUAUGUCAUGUUGUCACUUGCGGGCGGAGUACCAAGGCAAAUUCCUUGAAUGUGAAUACUUGGCCAGUAAACGUAUUCAUUCAGAACAAAUACAAUUGGUCAGCAAAAUAGUUGUCCAGUCUUCGCUUGGUAUCAACGAUGUAAAGGAUCCACAUCAGGAACACCAAAUGGAGUAGAUGAGGAUAGAAGAGAUGCACGUGAACCUCUAUGUUACUUUUUUGCAUAUCUUUUAAUAAUAAUAAUAAUAAUAAUGUUUAUUUAUAUAGCACUUUUCAACAAAAUCAAUUUGAACCAAAGUGCUUUACAGAGAUUGAUUAAACUAAUUGAACAGAUUAAAUGUCAAUAAAUCCAUACAAAACAAAAAAGAAAAAAGACACAGAACAGUACACUAUAAAAAUCAACAUGAAACGUCCCCCCACAGCAGAAUUCACUGUGAGGGAAGGCACUAAAAAUAUCCAGUUCUCCCCCUCAUAGUCCACCCGAGGUCGGGGUCUAUAUGUGGCCUCCUCAGCCAACUCGAUGUUUUCAGGCCCUCUGCCGUGAAGCUGGAUCAUCGGCGUCGGGUGAACAUUCUUCAGCGGCCUGGACUGAAGCGGCCGCUUCCUCCCUGAAGACUGCAAUGUCCAAAGUUCUCAGGCCGCGCUGGCCGGACCUCUGACACUGGCGAACUCGGAUACCAGGCCCCGCGGUGUUGAAAUCCAGUGCCGCCCGCCCGCGGCUGGACGCUCUGCAGCCGCAGCUCAACGAUGUUGGUGUCCCAGCAUUUGCACCGCCGGCGAAGCUGCAGUCCCGGCAGGAAACGCCGCUCCAGCUUGAUGGUAGGCCGCACAGAGAGGACGAAGAAGUGGUUCGGAAGAAAACCGCAUCUCCGACCAGGUAGGACUGGGAUUAAAACAGUUGCCCCCUUCCCCCCCUCCCCCACCCACCACAUAAAAGAAGACCUCCAAUAAACAUUUUGUACGGACAGGACUAAAAAUAAAAAUAAAAAAGGGUGAAAGGACGGACUGCAGGAGGAGCAGCCAUACACAACGGCGCAUCACCCCCGCAGUGUUCUAUAUUCUUUUGUUCUAUAUCUCGCUACAUCACCGACUAUAUCUCUUGUUUCUCUUUCCCCUGACUCUCAGUCUGAAGAAGGGUCUCAACCUGAAACAACACCUAUUCCUUUUCUGCAGAGACGCUGUCCGACCCGCUGAGUUACUCCAGCUUUUUGUGUCUUAUCACCUGUCCAUGUACCAUGUCCUGGCAAGCAUCUAUUCCUCAACUAACAUAAAUAUACAUAAGAGGAUUAUACUAGGUUAGUAUUUGUUUUCCUAGGUUCUGUAAGCAAGUGGUAACCCUGUUUCCGAAGGUACCAGUGUGUUAGCAGCUGGGAGUUUGGGCUUCACCCUAGUUCUCCGACUAGUUUCACUGUCCUAAUUAAUAUACUGAUUGUAUGCCUCCUUGUCACCUUCCCCUCAGCUAACAAUGAACCAUUCUACAUUUUCUUUUUCUUUGCAACGUCUGCUUUGAUCUGUCGUUUUCACACCUUGCCCUUCAUUAUCUCUAGACUCCCUCUCCCCUGACUCUGUUUGAAGAAGAGUCUCGAUCCGGAAUGUCACAUAUUCCUCUUCUCCAGAGGUGCUGCCUGUCCCGCUGAGUUACUCCAGCAUGUUGAGUCUAUCUCACGGUGUAAACCAGGGUCUGCAGUUCCUUCCUCCACAGUUGGGGCUCGUUGACGUUUCUUCACCCGAGGGCCCCUCGCCUCAGUGACGUCACUGACAUGAGCCGGCGGUUCACGCGAGACUCUGACGGCUGCUGGCGCGCAGGAGCGGCUAAUGGCGGCGUCACAGAACGCCGAGAGCGAACGUCGUUAACGGUCAAAGGGAGGGAGGGGAGGCACGCGCGCGCGGGCUCUGCCAGCCCAGCCCAGCCCAGCCCCGGGCGGGAGCGCCGGUCAGCGGCAAUGCCGGCCGCCCUCCACAGGUAAGCUAAUGAUGUGGGGCAGCAAAUCUAAUGAGGCAUCUCCACGAAACCAGGAACAAAUGCAGAGCCGGGAUACAAAGCGAGAUGUGGCCUCAGCAUGGGAUACAGUCCACCAUACUAAAGCUGCUUUACGACACAUAGAGAACAGAUUGGAAGCUGUUCCUACCAGUACUGCUGUCUUGGAUACUGUAAUGGACACCAAGAAGUCCUUGGGCAGUGCUACCAGAAAAGUCAGUAGGAAGGAUGGAAGGUACGUGGAAGACUCUGUGGGGAGUACUUCAGCUGGCAAGUCCAAUAGUCGCAAUAAAUUGCGAAAGGACAAAAUGUCUCGGAGCCCCUUGAGAUCUACAACCUUGGAAAGCAAUAUUAAGAAGAGCAAUCAAGUAGAAUUCAGGGACCCUUUGGCUUCAUAUAGAUAUGUUGAAAAGGAAUUGGAUGGCAGUAUCCCACCCUAUCUGACUGCUAGCCAGCUGGAAGCACAGCGCCUCCUUUCCAAUUUGACCUCGAGUGAAGCCCAUGAGACGGAGAGUGAAACUCACCAGAUGAUAUAUGGGCGAGACAACCGGAGUUACCACUGUUUGGAUAAUGAUAGCACACGAUCAUCUGUGGUAGAUGAUACUGUGGUGAAAUUUCUCAAUGACCAGUUAGCACUUGAUGCCUUGCACAACUCUGCACUUUAUAAAACUCUGAGCCACGAUGCACUGGGACAGAUGGGUGAUGGCAUCAAAGGCUUCCACACUAAGGCAGUGAGCUAUGAUGUGAAUGCAAAGAAUGAACGACCUUCAGAGCAGUCUCAGCUGUCCUCCCCGAGUUCCACAUCUGAAUCAAUGAUGCAGAGACUAGAGAUUAUGCGCAGGAAGCAACAUGAUGACAAACUUGAGAAACUGAAGGAGCGGAUUAGGAAGCAACGGGGGCAUUCAGAAGAAUCUAUCGAGAAGGACCGGCAUCUAAACUUCCACGAAUUUCCUGCUGCGCUUGGUGGAGGUACUGCAGUUCCAACAGCCAAAGUGAGAAAGGUUGCUAUAGCACCACCAGCUCCAUCCUAUAAAGGUUUCAAUCCCACAGAAACAAAAAUUCGGACUCCUGAUGGCAAAGUAUGGUGUGAAGACGAAAUACACAAUAUGAGUAAGGAUCUGUACCGGGAGUUCACACUCCAGUUGGCAGACAGUAGUAAGACGAAGGAAGCUGCAUGUGAAAAAGCCAGAGAGAAGAAAACCAUUAAACCUGUGCGUAAGGUACAGAAAAUGACUCGAUCACCGAGUCCUGACACCAAACCAAGUGCACAUGUUAUCAGCACAGCUUCAUGGCGUGAAGGCCAGAAACUAGUAAAAAUGGUUCUGGGACCUGCACCAAAGACAUUAAAUGAAAAUAAGGUGGACACUGAUUCGAAAGUCAGGAGAGAUAGGAAUGCCACACCUAUAAAUGCUGCGAGAGUGGACCCUGAGCAUGGGCUCGAAGCUUCCAGAAAAUCGAGGCCAGCCAGUUGUGAAUCCCGCUCAGCCAAGCAGCCUUUGGGGGAUGAAUGGAGAAAGGAAGAAGGCCAAGACAAGCUUGAAGUGCUGAAUACACAUGUGCUGCCGGCUGAAGUUAGAGAGUUACUUGAUGACCUUCAGCUUGAGGAAGCUCGGAAAGAUUCAGCAGAUUUAGAAAGUGGCAAACGGACUACAGAAGGCCGUGCUUUCUCCAGAAGUGUGAGUCCAACUAAGCGAAAGCAAGAGAAGUCUAGCCUGAGCACUGAAAUGCAGCUGAAGCGAUUGAGACAUUAUGAUGCAGAGGAGGUAAGGCAAUUUAUUGCCAGGCAACAAACAGAAAGGAAAAAGAGGCAGACGGAAGAGAAGAAAGCUCAGAAGGAAGCAAUGGAACAAAAGAACAAACGACUGCAAGAGCUCUAUAGGAAACAAAAAGAAGCUUUUUCAAAGUCCAGGCCGGAACCCGUAUGCCAAAAAUAUUUACAGGAGACAUUUACAAAAUGUGUAACUGAGCUAGCUAAAUUUAAUGAGCCACCUCCCAACCAAUCAGUACCAGAGGAGAAACAGCCAAAGACCAUCUAUCAGCCUUCAGGAGAAUCUGACAAAGAGAAUAAAGGACAGGAUCGUCCCCUCAGUGCCUCUUCGAGUAGUGACAUGUCUCUUUCUGAGUCUCGGCAGGCUCCAGGCCGGCGUGAACAUUUGGAGCUUACCUGGAUACCCUCCCAACAGGUCAAUUCAACAGCCUAUGCUGCUCAUCCUUCCACUGAGGGCAAUCUCUUCUCCCACCUGCUAAACCUGGAACCCCGAAGUAUGUUUUCCAGUGAUUAUGAAACAAUAGCAAAGAAGAAGGAUGCUGCACCAAAAGGACAGGCACCUUCUCUCCUGUGCUCACACUCUGGUUUCCCAUCAUAUGAUCACACAGCAGCUGGGCCAAAGGCUGCAGUACCAUACAAAAGCAAAAUUGACCGCAUUGAAGCGCUCAAAGCAACAGCAGCCUCCCUGUCCAACAGGAUCGAAAAUGAAGCGAAAAAGCUGGCAGGUGCUGGCAUCAACUAUGGCAUAAUGCAGGACUCUGAACACGAUGUCCUGCAGACCACUUGGGAUGACAGGCACUGGUCGAAGCUUGCCAGCCCACCUGUUCGUGAUGGUGGUGGUGACGAUGCCUCAUCCAGAAUUUGGAGAAUUCAAGGACCCAACAUGGGCCACACUGCCUUUGUAGAUCAACUGCCAGGGGCUGGCAAUUUGUAUGAGUGCAAAAAGCUUAGUGAGGUGCCACAGAGUGACAACAUUUCAGCGAAGAGGCCUGAAAAGUGCCAUGAGGUCAGCUGGGAAAAUGCAUACAAGAGGUCACUUGAGGCACUGGAGCAAAACCUACAAAAACUCGGUCAGGAUAGGAAACAGUUUGAUUCCCCCAAUUCCAGCGGGGGCUCAAUCAGUGAAGGGCCAUUACUGAGUGAAGGAAGUCUCUCAGAAGAGGAUUGUCAGCCAAGUUCCAGAGACCCAACUAAAUUAACACAAAGGUUAAAAAACAAGGAUUUUUGUGCAGAAGUGUCAAAUCCUUCCCAGCCUGUUGCAGAGUUCCAGAAAGAAGCAGAGAGGUACCAGCCACUUCAAUUGCAAUUGGAAGGACACAAGAGCAAAGCUCCCUGGGAAGAGCUAGCCAAGGGAAGCCCUCACAGUGUGAUUAACAUCUUUACAAAGACCUACCAGUUCUGUGGGAGAGGAGGUUUAGAGGAACAGUCCGAUAAAGGUUCCCCAACACUGCAACCUCUGGUAUCUGCAACGAGACCUGAAGAAGUUGAUGUAUAUGAAGAUGAUUUCCUUUCCUCUCAAAGCAGCACAGGUGUAAGCAGGAGGUUACCUUCAUACCAAAGUUGUGCCAGCAGUCCUUCCAGUGUCUGUGAGGAGCUUCCCAGCAAGAGAUCUCAAGUUAGACGGCCUGAGGAGGUGUCCCCUCGAUCUCCAGUGUACCGUUCCACACCCUCCUCCCGAUCAUCCAGUUCUUCAAGAAAGAAAAUGAAAAUAGAUGGUACAGAUGUUGCUGGAAGUGUGCCACAUUCUCCUGUGGAUAACACCACAUGGGCAUCUGCAAGUAUUUCAGAUCAAGUCUCUACUGAAGGAAGGAUACUGGGCCUCGGGCAAAGUGUUGUCAGUGAUCCUGAGCAAGUGAAAGACUUGAAUGACACAACAGAAGAAACUCCCAUUGUAUCUCCUGUCAGUGUCCAGGUAGAGACCUUGAAGCCCAAGAAAGCUGCAAGUUCCUCGUCCUUACGAUCUGCCACCAGUACUGUAUCCCAGAAGCCUUUGCCGAAUGACACAACGACUGCAGCAGGAGAUGGGACAAAACAAAUUGUCACUGCAGACUACGCACCUUCAUCUUCCUACAGGACGCACUUUGCUGACAACAAUAUGGCUGGAGUCAGACCAGUCUCAUCCUCAACUGCAGCCCCCAUGUUCAGUUCCCCAUUAGCUCUCCAUCAUCGCAUGAGUGCAGAACUUGCUUAUUUGGAUGCAAUAGAGGACUCUGUCCGUCAGCUCACGGAGGUGGAGAAGAUCCGGGGAAUUGCACUCGCUCAACAGGAGAGUGUGUCUCUGGCUCAGAUCCUGAAGGCUCAGCAACAGAGGCAUGAGCAUGACUUCGCCCUGCUGAAGCUAAAGACUGAACAGGAAACGGUGGCAAGUCAGAAACAACUAGAGGAGACCAGACAGAAAACAGCACAGGCACAUGCAGAGAGCUUGCUGCAGUUUGCACAGACACGCCAAGAGAUGCUGCAAGAGUCUACCAAUAGAAUGAUGGUUCAACAAGUGGAAGCUGCUAAGCUGACUGCGGACACAGCACGCCAGAUCAAAGAGAUGACUGAGCUGGCAUAUGUGCAGAUUGCAACAGGAUCCCCAACUGCUGUGACUACCAACCUAUCACAUGGAGCCGUCGCCGCACCUGUGCCAAUGCUGUUGGACCAACAAAGGCAACAACAUUCAGAAUUUAUGAAGCAAAUGCAAGCCAAGACUGAAUCGGAAGGCAGAAGGAGUGAUACUCGCCCAUCAUCUGUUGGCCCUAUGGAGAUUUCGCAUGAUUCUAAAAUUCACUAUUCAGCUUCAUUAGAUAGCCUGUCUGAUUCAUCCAGAUACAAACAGCAUGAUAAAAGUAGCGGUGGCAGCAGUCGGCAAGAUAGUCCUUCGUUUCCUUCUGAGAAGGGAGCAGAGAGCAGGACUUCCCAUGGUGAGAAAGGAGAUAGUUCAAUUGAAGAGGAGGUGCACACAGCAGCUGAUGACUCAAUACAAAGUGGCAGUGUGCGUUCAUUCCCCGACGAUAAAGAUUCUGCCUCCAUUGCCACUGAGUACUCUUUGAAGUUUGAUGAAUCAAUGACUGAAGAUGAAAUUGAAGAGAAAUCUUUCCGCUCACUACUGCCAUCCGAAAGCCACCGUCGCUUUAACAUGGAGCGCAAACGCAGUCGGCAGGAUGAUUCAGAUGAAGAAACUGCCAGAGACCAGUCGGCAUUGACAGCUGUCAAACAUGAUUUAAGUAUGCCCUUCUCUGGGGGCCAGGACAGUUUCUCCAAAUUCACUAUGGAGAUGGUGAGACAAUAUAUGAAAGAGGAAGAGAUGCGUGCCCAACACCAAGUGUCACUCCUCAAGUUGCGAGAACGAGCCUUGAAGGAAAAGACAAAAGCAGAACUUGCUUGGCUGGAACAUCAGAAGAAGCGUCUGAGAGACAAAGGGGAAGAUGAUAAAAUGCCACCAAUCCGUAAGCGACAGCGUGGACUACUACUGAGGCUGCAGCAGGAGCAGGCUGAAAUCAAGCGUCUGCAAGAAGCCACCAGGGCAGCUCGCAAGGAAAGGCAACUGAUCCUAAAACAGCAGGAGGAGAUUCAGCGUUUGCGCCACACCACCAUCAAGAUACAGGAAAAGCUUAAAUCAGCUGGCGAGAGCAAGCUGGAGCUGCGGAACACAGAACAUGUUGAGGAAGUGAAUGAUUCCAAAGCGAACCGCCCUUCCAGCCCCUUGCAGACUGAUGUGGAGACGCGGAGUCCUUCCCCCAUUUCUAUCUCUGGGGGCAGUGAAACCAGCAGCAUCAUGCAAAAACUGAAGAAGAUGCGCAGUCACAUGGAUGAAAAAUUCCUUACCAAGCGAGAGCAAAAACUGAUGCAUCGGCGGCGGCAUGCAGAGGAGCUGCUUGAGUGGAAAAGAAGGCUUGAUGCCGAGGAAGCUGAAAUCCGGCGGAUGGAAAAGUUGGCCUUGGCUGCGUGGAACAAGGAGCUUAAACCAAAGGCUACAAAGAGAGAAGCAAAUGAAAGAAGUCCAGGGUCUAAAGACACAGCCAGCGAGGACGAAUGCUCAGCACCAUCUCCAUCGCGUCUCCACAGUGACAGUUCUAUUCCGUAUGAAGUUGGAAGCCCACCUGCACAGACUGUGGAGUCAGCAUCAGCAGUCCUCGGAACAUCCACCAGCCCCGAACAUAGUGUUUUCACAGAUGAUGGUUAUUCCCAGGACUUUGAAUCUGUUGCAGCACAGAGCAAACAGUCUGCUCCCUCAAAAACGAGUAUCGGUGCAUCAAAGCAGGAUGGUAAGAAGAGCAACUCCAGUCUUAGUUUACAGAUCAGGUCUGAAGUCAAAUCACGCCAAGCGUCUUGCAGCUGGUCUGAUGAAUCUGUUUCCAUGACACAAUCAGAAACAGCAUCAGACCAAAGUGAUAUAGAGGGCAGGAUUCAUGCACUAAAGGAUGAGCUUAGGAAGCGCAAAUCCAUUGUAGACAAGCUGAAGAAAGCACAGAAGAAACGUCAGAAGGAGAGAUUGAAAGCACAGGAGGCCAGUCUCAUUAAACAACUUGAGUCCUAUGAUGAAUUUAUUAAGAAGACCCAAGCUGAACUAAGCAAAGAUGUGUCCAGUUCAACCAAACCACAAAUCAAAACCCCAUCCUCUAUUGCUGCUGAGAAGCCCAAGAUUAAACCUCUCUCUCUACAAAGGACUGAAUCUGCAAAGAGCUGGAAAUCCCUUACCGAGGGUGAACGAUCCAAAGUGUCAGUGGGCUCCAUUGUUAAACAGGAGCAAAGACUAUUAAGUCCAGAUGGACAUAAAUCCAGCAGCCUCGAAGAACUUCACGCAUCAGACAAAAGCAAGUCCUUAUUCUUCGAUAGUCGACCAGAUGAUUCUUCUCAAAGUGCUUCAUCGAUUUCCAUAUCCCAAAAGAGAUCUCAGCUGGAUAAUGUACCAGUAUUAUUUGUGCAUCAAAAGAGCGAACCUGAAUUUAGCCACUUGCCAGACCAGACUGUCAUUCGGUCAGAGGGUGGGUCUGGUGAAGAAACUGUUGUGUCCAAUCAUCCUUCAUUGCAGGAUGAUGUUCAGGAAGAACUUGAAAAUAUGAAAUUAGCAGAAUUUGAAAAAGACGUCUUCCUUGCACUUUCUCAACAAACUGAUAAAUCUGCCCCUCUGCUGAAACUGGAUGAUAAGAAACCACAGCCGUUCUGCAUCUCUGAGUUCAUUCAAAAAUUGGCUCAGGAAAAAGAUCUUUCUAAGGAUGCAAAGCUACCUUUUCAAGUUGAGCAGAACCUUGAGGAUUUGAAGGAUGAAAAAUUGUAUAAGGAAGACUACUCUGAUAGGGAGGAUGAGACAAGUGAUGAUUUAGCUAAUUCCUUGAAAUUUAUAAAAUCAAUUAAAUCUGAUAUUCAUGAUGAAUCUGCAAAAUCCGACCGUGGGGCUUUGGAUAAAACAUUAUCAAAGAAUGAUUCCCGUCCACAAGAAGUAGACUGCCUUUCCCCAGGAAAAGAAGCUAUUUAUUCAGAAGACUUGGAGUCAUCAAGAAAAAGGACAACUGAAGAUUUGAGUGAAAAUUCUCACAUUGGAAGUUCUAGAGAUAAUAUUGAAUCUGCAGUUAUCCUUACAUCAAGGAAUGCGAUUACUCACAAUGAAAAUGUCAUUGAGCUUCAGGUGCUGUCUUAUCUUGACCAUUCCAAGCAAAAAGAAGGGGAUGGAAGAGCAGAGCAUUCUCAAAGUGCUUCACCAAUUAUCAGCACAGAUGAUGAAAUCAGUGAACAUCUAAGUGAAAAAUCCUUUUCAAGUUGUGGUAGUGGACAUUCAGAAAAACUUUUGGAUUUGAAGUCAGGAAUUCAGAGCAGAAAUGUAGAGCACAGUGAUGCAGAAACGGAGGUACAAACACCUGUGCCAUCAUGCUCUCCUUCUCCUUGUCACACUCCUACACCUACAUCACAUGAAAUUGAUGAAUUGUCUGAAUUUCAAAUUGGUGAUAGAGUUUUGGUUAGUAGCAUCCAACCAGGCACACUAUGCUUUAAGGGAAGAACUCAUUUUGCAGAUGGUUUUUGGGCUGGUGUAGAGCUAGAUGUGCCAGAAGGUAGUGGUAAUGGGACGUAUGAUGGAGUUGUAUACUUCAAAUGCAAGGACAAGUGUGGCAUUUUUGCACCCCCCAAUAAGAUAUCUGUGCUACUGAAGUGUUACAGUGAAAGCAUCAAUACAGAUGAAAUUAAAGAAGGCCUGUUGUUGGAGGAUGUAUUAGAUCAUGAUUGCAAACACAGUGAGGAAGAGGGAAGGCCCUUGCUCCAAGAAGCAUUAAAGCAGCAGGAAUAUGUAUUUUAUCCUGAUAAAACCACUACUGAUCAAGUUGAUUUUAAGAUGACUCAAUCUGUAAAUAUCUUAAGUGACCAAAUUACAAGCCAUAAUUUUCCAGAGUCUAAUGCCAUUAAUUUGAUUCUUAAUAUCAGUGAAUCUAUCGAAGCAGGAGAUUCUCUGGUAGACCGGAAUUUGGAGAGUCUGUCCAAAUUGGGCAAGGAGGAACAACAACCCAAUUUCAAAGAUCAAGACAACGAAGAGUCCAUUACAGCUGAUGUAUCCAUCAAGAAAUCAUCCCAAACUGUACUGGAAAAGGAUAGUGAUUUAGUCACUGACUUCUAUGUGCAUUCUUCCAGUGAAACAAAAGGGGAGUUAUCACCUAUCCAUGAAAAGCCUUCCACUCCUCUCUUGGAUUUGUUGAACAAAGAAAAGGAGCAACUUGAAGCACAGCUAAGAGUACCAAGCCUCCAUUCUGAAUCUGAAGAAAUAUAUGUCAGUGAAGGGUUGAUAGUAGAGGAAUCAAAGACCAUUCUUCAGGAUAAUGAAGACUUUAAAGAAAUAGAACAGAAGGACAAAGAGAGUAAAGCUAGCUCUUUGACGGCUGAUAUCCUGUCAUCUUUUCUGAAAGAUGCAGUCAAACAAUUGCAGCAAAUCAAAAAGGUUCGAGAUGAAAAGAUCCAAGUUACUAAUCAAGAGUUAUGGUGCACAUCAGCUGAAGAAUCUUCACCGAGAUCAUCUCCCAAGUAUCUGGAGGUACAAAAUGCAACUGGUGUUCAAUUACACACUGCUGAAAGAGAUGAUAACGAUGACGAUAAGGAAGAAAUAUUAUCUCCAGAUCUUUGUCCUAGACCUGGCAGCCCAGUGUUUGGCACGAGUGGGCAAGAAGAAUUGACCAAGCGCCUUGCGGAGCUUGAAUUGAGUCGCGAGCUGCUGGAUGACCUGGGAGAUGAGCAGGACUGGUUUGAAGAAGACUUUGGACUAAGUUCUCGCAAAGUGCAGCAGCCAGGGCCAGAACUGGAACCACAGUUAACCAAGGCUGUGGCUCUGAAAGUCCACGAAGAACAACAUUUAUCUGUACCUCAUGAUGCACUGGAAGUCGAGAAGUUGGUCCAUGCAGCUGCUGAAGAACUUUGGAAGUGGCAAGAGCUGGCACACGAUCUGUGGGAUUUUCAGUUGCCCCAGGAUUAUUUUGGGAAUAACAAAGGCCAAGAUGUAGAGAGUGUCAGCAGAAGAGUUUAUUGUGAGGCUGUAUUUAAUCUAACAAGAGAGAUUUUCAGCGAAAUUUUUGCAGAAGAUCCCAAUGUCAGGCAGCCCCCAUGGAUGAAAUCCAGCAGAAACAGCUCUACUUAUUUCAGGCGAGUGAGGAAUCCGCAGGAUAUCAGUGAAGUAAAGACUUACAUUUCCAAUGAAGUCCUGAAGUUGUUUGGGAUCAGUAAAGAACAAGACCACAAGACCGACUGGCAAAAAAUGAUGAAAUUUGGCAGGAAGAAACGGGACAGAGUUGAUCACAUUCUGGUCCAGGAGCUUCAUGAGGAAGAAGCUCAAUGGGUCAAUUACGACGAGGAUGAGCUGUGUGUGAAGAUGCAGUUGGCAGAUGGGAUUUUUGAUGCCCUGAUAAAAGACACAAUAAACGUACUAAAUCAAAUUCACGAGAAACGGUCAAAGCUCACUCCAUCCUAACUCCGGCUCUACCAUCACCAAACUGGACAACAGAAGGAACUCUGGCCUGACUGUUCUUGAGCAAGUCAAAAAGUUCCGAACCAUCACAUCCAUUGGGUUGUCACCUGGCAUGUUGAUUCUUGAAUGAGUCAAUGGUUUUUGAUACUAACCACAUUCUGAAAUAGGCAGCAUGUGGAAGCCACAAGUGCCAAUUUUACCUUCUCGUUUAUAUCUAUUAUCCCAUUUAUUUAUCUAAACUAUAGCAUACUUUUGAAUCGGAGAUUUGCACAUUAAUUUUGUGAUUAUGCCUGUGUUUACUUUUUAAAAGAAUGUGAUUGUGUAUCUUGAGGUGCUAUGGUAUCAGUGUUUGGUAUUUUGCUCGCUCUGAGAGUUGAAUAGAUACCAUGCAUUGAGGAUAAAUGUGAUCUCUGGGUUAGAAGUGUAUCUGCAUGAUUGAAGUGGAGGCCAAAAAGAUUGUUUGACAUAGAAAAAUGCUUCCUUAACUUUUGUUUUUAAAUUAUUUUAUAAGGAAGAACAGUGUUUUAUUCAAUUAAAUGGGCUCUAUUAAGUUUAUUUUACGAGAACUGUUGCACACUAAGUUGACUUUUGCAAUCACUUUUCGAAUCAGGAGCUGUUUUAAAAGUAAGAUCAAUAAUUUGGGUUACAACAACUUGGCGACUUGAAGUCAGUCAGUACAGUGUUUGUUCUUUGCACUCAUUUGUAUGCUGCACUCCAAGGUAAACUGUGUGCCUGAAGAAAGAUUCCUUGGCAGAGGGAAGGAAGUGGUUUAAAACCCUUUAAAAGAUUUAAAGUUGUUUGGUGAUAACUAAACAAUAUACAACACUGCUGCUCCCUCAGGUGGGAAUUGCUCUUUUCUGUCACCUUCACUAGGUGCUGCUCCUAUCCAAGUACUUGCACUCUAAUGUUCUGCAAAUAUAUCUGGUCAAGUUUUCAAACACCAAUACUACUUCUGCCAUCUCUUGGCUGCUCGGAUCUUCUUGUGACAGUGCUGUAUUUCAAGAAGUUGCCUGUCAAAGUAGAUGCAAGAUCUCAGAUUUGCUUUCUUGAGAAACACAAGACUGACCUCACUGAACCAAGAUUAAUCCUUGACUCUCUAUCACUGCACAUGACACAAUACGUUUUUAAUUGACUGAGUGGUCAGUUGCUUUCCAACUUGCACUCAGUUUCAACAUAGAGCUAACCUCUACCUUUGAUACCAAGUGCAAGAUGCUGAAUGCAUGGUUGAGAAAAUCUUGAUGAGGAGAGUGAUAUUUUUCAGCAAGGCUCUCGAGCUGAGAUGUUGGCUGACCUUUUUCCUUUUUCAGUGUCACAGCUGAUAUUGGUAUGUUGGAUAUUGGUAGUGCUGCUGCCUCAUGGUUCCUCUCACUCAGGUUCAAUUCUGAUCUUGUGUGCUGUCUGUGUGGAGCAUGUACAUUCUCACCAUGAUGCUGGGCUUCUCCCAGGUGCUCCAAUUUCCUCCCACAUCCCAAAGGCAUGUGUUGGUAGUUUAAUUGGCCUCUGUAAAUUGCCCCUGGUGUUUAUGUGUGGAGUAGAAUCUGGAGGGAGUUGAUUAGAAUAGGUUACAUGGAAUGAGUGUGGGUAUGGGAUUGACUAGAUGGACCAAGUGGCCUUCUAUGUUGAAGGGAAAGAUAGUAAUGUAGAAAUAGCCUGGGAAUGUGGCUGCUCUAACAUGACAGGUUGGGAAUGCAAUCUGAACAUUGUGGGUUGGUUCCACUUGGAGUAGGUAAACAAUGUUUCAGAUUGCUUUGAGGUUAGUUAUUGCGGAUGCAUAUUUUUUCAAUGCUCAGUUAACAUCUUUGCUUGUCUCCUACUCUCUUUCCCCCUCUCUUGUAAUUAUCAGCGUACCAAAGGAGCUGGAGCAGCAUUGCAAACGUGCUUCUUACCAAACUGUUUGCUACUAAACAAAACCCCCAUGUUCACUGACUGGUGGGGUAACACAAUGCUGGUUCUGGUUGACAGUCCCUUCAGACAUGGGUUGAAAUGCAAACCACAGGAUUCAAGCCAAGAAUUGAUAAACACAACUUACUCAGUAGUUAGUUAGUGCUUUAAUCCUCAGCCUGUUCAGGGAUGUUAUGACCAGUUUAUCCAUAGGGCUCGAUUUUUAAAUAAUUGCCUUAGUUACUUAUAUACUUGAGAAAGCCUGUACAGUGUACAUGUGGCACAAGUUCUAGGCUGCUCGAUGACACAAUAAGAUAAUGAAACCUAUUUAUUAAGAACUUGAAGUUCAAAUGCUGCUGUGCUCAGUGCUGUUCCUUGUCUCCCAUUACAUUGUGCCCGGUCUCUUUCACUCUGCUGGGUAGACUAAUACAAGGGGACUUGCCUAAGUGUACUAUAUAGUGCAGAGCUACACAAAGGAGUACUUGACUGUGUAUUUGUAUAAUUGUGUGAAUGUGUGUAAAUACUGGUUGAGCAUUCCUCUCUGAGGCAAUUCCUUCCCUUUUGUAAUUUUAUGGGGAAGGGCUAAUGUGUGCAGUAUGGCAAUGUAAAAUAGGGUUUUCUGUGUAUACAUAACUAUAUAUAUAUUUGAUAACAAAUUGACUUAUUAAUACUUAAGAAUUUUGUAAAUAAAUCGUUAUUGAUUUCUAAGCAGCUUCAGUUUUUAAUUUCCUUUCUCAUCAGUGGCAUGGUUGACGGUAAUCACUUCCAUAAAUCAGGUAAAGGAUUGUCCAGUGCAUCGAUGGAUGAAGAGAGAAUGUUCCUUGAGACAGACUAUGCUUACAUCAGAUGAAGUCUGAUGUCUAGGGCUUGUUUACCUGCCUUUACCUAUCUCCAAGGUGAGAUGGUAGUUUUCACAAUGGGAUUGCCCUCUUUCGCAAGGUGACACCAUGUAGCUCUUUUAUGUUAAAACUCUAGUUUCUCUUACCAUCUCAUGUCUGGGAUUGCUGGAAAACAUAGUAACCUUGAUCUAAUAUUUCAGAGACUCGAUUUCAAACCCUGUCAUGGCAGCUAAGAAAUUCAAUAAUCUGAAAUGUCUACUUUUUUAAAGGAAAACUUGUAUAAUAAUUACCUUCAAAGGAGCAAUCAUCUGGUCUGACUGCCUGUGACUCCAAUGCAAUUGACUCAUAACUGCCUUCUUAAAUAGACCCACAAGCAAUUUAUUUUAUCUGCUACACUAAAGCAGAAAAAUAAUAUAAUCACACGGGCCAACCAACAUCACAAAUAU